CAGAUUGCUGCCAAAAAGGCGCACAAGGUGCACAAGGCUUCCAAACUAUGUCAUUUCAGCCCCCGCCGCGAGAGACCCCGAAUAAACCACCAAAGGGGAAAGUGAAAGGAGCCCGCAGGGUCAUCAAUCUCUCGGAAGAGCAGCGCAGGAAGAAGCGAGAGAACGAUCGGCUCGCGCAGCAGGCCAUACGGCGCCGCAACAAGGAAACGAUCGAUAGCCUCAGGAGAGAGGUCGAGAUGCUCAGGUCGAUGAGAUCGGUAGAGACGGCAUUGAGCCUGCAUGAAGAGAUCAGAGACCUGCGAGCCCAGUUGCUCGAACUGUCACGCUGCCCUGCUUUCAUGUACAACGAAAGACAUUCUCAUCCACCAGCAUCAACAUUCGAGGAGGUAGAUUUCGGCCACGGCACAGGGCCUAUCCCUACGAGCCAGAGCGGACUCUCGUGCGUACACUCUGUGGAUGGGCCGUCGCCAGCAGCAGGGCACAGCAACAACUAUAGCAGCAACGUGCCGCAUUCUAACUUCGGAUCAUCGCCUCUGCCGAGUACCCACCGAUAUGACCACUGGCAGAGCCAUGUGGUGCCGCUUCCGUCUCCGGCUGUGAAUCCUGUGAUACAAUCGGUGGAAUCGAGCCCCGGCCCGUGUGGCCCGGGCAAGGAGUUUGGUUAUAUGCCCACCAGCGUGCCUGUGAUGGAGCCCGCCAUCAUCGCCAGCAACACGUCGGCGCCGGCCCUGCAUUCCAUCAAACUCGAGCCUCGGGAGGCUGACUCAGCUUCUGCUGCCAGCCGAUACCCGAGUCCCAAGGAUACUCACUCCUCGCCGGCUUAUCUACACGCACCACCGUGGUGCGUGUAUUCAGGGGACCCGUAUUAUUUGCGGACGCCAUCGCACCGCCAUGCCGUCCAGCCAACUUCAUCGCAGAUCUACCCGACGAUGCAGGCAAGAGACGGGAGGGCAGGCGAAUCUGAGGAAGGAAACAGGGCCGGAAGGUGAAAGCACAUUGCCGCGAUGCUUCCGGCGUAUGUCCAGCGGAACCGACCGUGAGGGGACACGAUCAGCAGUUUGCUGACACCACAAGGUUAUGGAGGUGCAGAUGACGUCUAAG